AUGGUAUUACCUGGGCUCGUUGACGUAGCAGCUAUGCCAGCAUCUUCAGACAGCUCAGGAGUUGCAGCAGUCUGGUGUUCUGAUGGCUCUGUGGCAUCUUGCUCGUCGGCAAGCUCCGUUGCUGCAGAAAUAUCUUCCAUUUCUACAACCUCAACAGAGUCGUCAGGAUCACGACAAGUCCUCAUUUAUCAUGGUUCCCUCCGUCUCCCUAUAACUAUCAAGAGUACUGCUCGACAUCUCUUGCUCCAACUGCGUGAGGACUUCCUCUUCGAAUUCAGCAACUUGUCAGACGAAGAAUCGGAAGAGAACGAUACAGCUUCCGCAACGGCUAUCUUACUACAACGCUUCAUUCAAUUCGUGUUAAAAUGCAAAUUUCCAGAAACGGAUGGCGUUUCUACAGAGCACGGUUCACUCCUUGUUCUCGAAGCUCUUCUUCAAACUUUCGAAGAUCAAGUUGGUCGGAAUGAUAACGUGCACACAACUGUCAAUUCGUUGCCGGUCUCUCCAGAAAUCAAAAGGCAGAUUGUUUCUACUGUUGUUCGCGCUUCAAAUCUUGUCGGACGAAGCCUCAACCACCAGAAGGAGACUGGCUCACCCAACACUGCCCUUUUUCAGGCAGUGCACGACCAUAAAGCGCUUGUAUAUGCCAUCUUUGGUGGACAGGGUACGGAUAACUACUUCGAUUCAUUGAGUGAGCUUCAUACGACUUAUGAGCCAUUAAUAACGCCACUACUACUGCGAGCGAGCAGUCAUUUACGCCAGCUUAUUGCAGUCGAGGAAGCCUACCAAUGCCACUUCCCCAAGACUCUCGAUAUCUUGCUCUGGUUGAGAAGCCCGGAGACACGCCCAGAUGCCGUUUACCUAGCGGUAGCGCCAGUAAGCUUUCCUCUGAUCGGCCUGCUUCAACUUGCCGCCUUCGAGGUAGUAGCGCGCCUUUUAGGCCUUUCCCCUUCCGGGAUGUCUUCUAUGCUUUCCGGAGCGACGGGACAUUCGCAAGGAAUUGUCACAGCUGCAGUCAUUGCAGCAUCGACGGACUGGUUUUCCUUCCACACAAUGGCCAUGAAGGCCCUUGGUCUACUUCUCUCCAUCGGAUGCCGUAGCCAAAGUGCCGUUGUUGCACCUGCUGCUCGUCACGCAUUAAUAAGCGAUGCUUUACAUCACAGCGAAGGAGCGCCAAGUGCUAUGCUAUCUGUUCGACAUCUUCCGCUGCAAAUUGUACAAAAGCUCGUGCAGGAAAUUAACGCCCAUCUCCCACCGAACGCAGCCAUAGAGAUAGCCUUACACAACGAACGCACCAACUUCGUGCUUGCCGGUCCACCAGCAUCUCUCCACGGGCUCAAUGUUCAACUUCGCAUCAUAAAGGCUAUGUCAAGUCAGGGGCAGGCUCGUAUUCCAUUCGACAAGAGGAAACCGGCCGUCGCCAAUCGCUUCCUCCCUAUAUCAGCGCCAUUCCAUAGUUCGCAGCUAGCUAGUGCUGUAGCUUUAGUACUUCGAGAUGUGCAGGCGCAGAAUGGAUUGCAUAUCCUGGGAUCUAAUUUGCAUAUGCCAGUGUAUUCAACAACUGCUGAAGGGAUGAAUCUCCGCUUAUGUGGAACCGAAGACAUUGUACCGAAAAUGAUUCGCAUGAUUAUAGAGCAGCCUCUCCAUUGGAGCGCCGCAACCAAGCUUCCCGGUGCCACACAUAUAAUCGAUUUUGGGCCUGGGCGAGCGGCUGCUGGAGCUGGCGGCCUUGUUCAUGCAAUGAAGGAAGGAAGUGGCGUACGAGUAUUGAACGCUCUCGGAAUCGACGGUAAUGGGAGCUUUGGAGGCUUAGGAGAACUUCUUGCUCGCCCACAAAACCAUAAUCUUGUAUAUGGCCCAGAUUGGAGCCGUGAUCAUGGGCCCAGCCUAGUGAGAACAGCGGCCAAAAGAUGUCUUGUCAACACCAAGAUGAGUCGUCUGCUUGGACUGCCACCUAUUAUGGUGGCGGGCAUGACCCCAACGACGUGCAGCCCUGCGUUUGUUGCUGCUAUCAUUAACGCCGGCUUCCACGUCGAAUUCGCGACAGGCGGAUAUCAUGAGGCUGCUACGCUUGAGGCUGCCUUGCGCGAGGUUGCAGAGAACAUUCCUUCUGGUCGUGGUAUCUCCUGCAAUCUCAUCUACGCCAAUCCAACCGCUUUACAAUGGCAACUGACAUUGCUUCGGACAUUGAGUGCGGAUGGGGCAGUGCCCAUAGAUGGACUGACGUUCGGUGCUGGGGUGCCUUCGGUUGACGUUGCAAGCGAGUAUAUAAUGAGCUUUCGAGCACUCAAGCAUAUGAGUUUCAAGCCAGGUAGCCAAAAUGCCAUUCGUCAAGUUGUCGCAAUCGCGAAAGCGAAUCCCACAUUCCCUAUCAUCCUGCAGUGGACCGGGGGCAGGGCAGGUGGACACCAUUCUUUUGAAGAUUUCCACGACCCUAUCCUACACUCUUACGCCGAGCUCCGACGCCAGCGAAACAUCAUUCUGGUUGCUGGCAGUGGCUUCGGAGAUGUAGACGGCUCCUUUCCAUACUUGACAGGCGAGUGGACAACGCAAUAUAACCUGCCUGCGAUGCCGUUUGAUGGCAUCCUACUCGGGAGUCGCGUCAUGACAGCCAAGGAGGCAAAGACUAGCCAUGGAGCCAAAGAAGCCAUUGUACAAGCUGCCGGCGUUGAAGAUGCUCAAUGGACGGGAACUUAUAAACAGCCGACAGGAGGUGUGCUUACAGUCAUCUCUGAAAUGGGCGAGCCCAUUCAUGUGCUGGCAACGAGAGGAAUGCGUCUAUGGGCUGAACUGGAUACCACCAUCUUUAGCAUGACCGAUAAGACGGACCGGAUGAGGCGAUUGCGCGAGAAGAAGGCAUACAUUAUCGAAAGGUUGAACUCAGAUUACCAGAAGGUGUGGUUCGGGCAAAGUCGAAGUGGUGAUGCUGUUGUCGACCUCGAAGAUAUGACUUAUGCGGAGGUAACCGAGCGCUUAAUCCAACUCCUAUUCAUUCCCGAUGAACAACGCUGGGUGCACCCUUCCCACAAACAAUUAGUCUUUGAUUUCAUUCGCCAUGCAGAGUCGCGUUUCAUUAGCAGCCAUAGUACGUCUAGUGUCAGUGUUUUAGAGUCGGUCGGCGACCUCGACGUGGCCCCAAUCUCUUGCGCCAGACAGUUGUUUGCCCUUUAUCCCCGAAUGGCCGAGGACCUCAUCGGCUAUCAGGAUGUGCAGCACUUCCUCUCCCUCUGCCGACGACGCGGACAAAAGCCAGUCCCAUUUGUGCCGGCUCUUGACGAUCACUUUGAGACAUGGUUUAAGAAAGAUUCCUUGUGGCAAUCUGAGGAUCUAGCCGCUGUUCCCGGCCGGGAUGUUGGCAGGAUCUGCAUCUUGCAAGGCCCUGUCGCCACCAAGCACACUAAGGUCGUUGACGAACCUAUCAAGGACAUCCUUGAUGGCUUACACAAUGGCUUCGUUCACCGGCUGACCGAGGCACAAUAUGCCGGUAAAGAAUUGGACGUGCCGUUUGUAGAGUGCUUUAUGAAUACUAGCCCAACCUCCAACGAGGCCUCCUUUUCUGUUUUGGAAACUAGGUUGCGUGCACUUGGUGGCAUUGAGAACAACUGGAGGCAGGCUUUUUUCACUAGUGAGACAAUCGUGCAAGACAGAAAGGUUGUGGAGAAUCCUGUCCGGAGGCUAUUUCAACAGGAACAAUCGACCCUCAUCCGAGUGGAAAAUACAGCGGAGCCAUGGAAAACCACAGUCUCCCUGAGCGAGAUCAACUCCGAUGGUGAGCCGAUCAAAGUGGUCGAGGUGCGAUUACAAUCACGUCACGCAAACAUUAUCGAGCUUUCCUUUUUCGAACAUAGAACAGUGACCAAGCAGCGAGCAGAGCUCUUGUUAAAGUACAGAUAUUCUCCCGAAUUAAGCUACGCUCCAAUCCAUGAGCUCAUGGAAGGUCGCGAAGAACGUAUUCGCUCCUUCUACCGGCAGGUUUGGUUUGGCGACGAUAUGGAUGACUCUGCAAAAGAUAACGACUCAUCGAUUCGCAGUGAUUUCCACAGUGGCCCUAUUCAUGUUACUGCUCAGGAUAUCAAACAACUCGCCACCACGCUGCAAAAUUUGGAUUCCAUCUGCCCAGAGCCACUUAGGAACUGUCUAAUUGCUCCGAUGGAUUUUGCGAUCGUUGCAGCAUGGAAACCGCUUUUGCAACCUCUCUUUACACCUGAGAUCCAAGGCGAUUUGCUAAAUCUUGUUCAUCUUUUGAAUAACUAUCGUAUGGCACCAGAUGCAGUACCAAUUUCUGAAGGAGACAUCGUUGAAACCACAGCGCGAGUCACAGCCGUAAUAAAUCAAGACUCAGGCAAAAUGAUCGAAGUGCGUGGCCGGAUAUUCCGGAGUGGUAUGGCAGUCAUGGAUAUCGAGAGCCGGUUCUUCUUCCGCGGCAUAUAUACAGAUUAUGAGAACACGUUCCAGAUCACGGAUGAAGAGCCGAUGCAGGUUCGACUUGAAUCGGCAAGUGAUCUAGCUGUCCUAAGAGCAAAACCAUGGUUCUACAUGAGUGAAUCCUCGCUCCAACUGUUAAAGCCUCAGAGUACCCUUGUUUUCCAUCUACAAACCGAGAGCCGGCCCGGUAGAGACAAAGGCUUGUUCAAAUAUAUCAAGACCACUGGGCGGGUUGAAGCUAAGCUAGCAUCGAAAAGGUUACAUCGCCUGGGCUCGGUAGAGUACACUUCUACAGAAUCCCAUAAUAAUCCAGUACUCAGCUAUCUUCAACGAAAAGGCAAAGCUAGAUAUACUCGAGUCAUGUUUGAAACUCCACGUCCUCUUUUCGAGAACAGCAAAGAUAUGGUGAUUGAGCUGCCGACUUCCAAUGAGUCAUAUGCAAUUGCUUCUAGGGAUUACAAUCCAAUUCAUGUAUCGCGGCCCCUCGCCAAUUACGCAUCUUUACCAGGUACGAUAACGCACGGCAUGUAUGCCAGCGGACGUGUGCGGGCAGUCAUUGAGAAGCAUUUGCAUUCUUCCAGCGAAAAUUUCUUCAAAGCCUUCCAAUGCACUUUCGUCGGUAUGAUGCUGCCGGGAGAUAAGCUCCAGCUCUCAUUUUACCAUAUUGGCAUGGUAUCUGGCACUCGAAUCAUCAGGUUCGAGGCGACCAAGCUGGAAUCUGGGGAGACUGUCUUACUAGGUGAAGCAGAGGUCGAUCCACCAAAGACAGCCUAUCUCUUUACCGGUCAGGGUAGUCAGAAAGUCGGCAUGGGCAUGGAGCUUUACGGGGUAAGUGAAGUAGCGAGAGAGGUCUGGGAUUGCGCUGAUAGGCACUUCUUGGACACUUAUGGACUCCGAAUUACCAAUAUUGUCAAAAACAACCCUAAACAACUCACCGUUCAUUUUGGUGGGCGCCGGGGUCGCACAAUUCGGCAAAACUAUAUGGACCUUGUGUUCAUCAGUACCACAUCAGGUGGUACUAUACUACGACAACGAUGCUUUCCUGAUAUCAAUGAGGAGACCCUCUCCUACACUUUCUCAUCGCCCACCGGCCUCCUAUCUGCCACCCAAUUUACUCAGCCGGCUCUAACGCUGAUGGAGAUUGCUACCUACAAGGACUUAGCAAGCCGUGGCUUAGUGUCACAUAACAGCGCUUACGCGGGGCACUCCCUCGGUGAAUACUCUUCACUAUGCGCAGUUGCAGAACUCCUUCCAAUAGAGGCCCUUAUGUCCAUUGUCUUCUAUCGUGGCCUGACAAUGCAGUUUGCUGUUGAUCGUGAUCAAGAUGGAAGAUCCGAGUUUGGAAUGUGUGCUGUCAAUCCAACCCGGUUAUCGAAACCUUUCGAUGGGCCCUGUCUGAAACUCCUCUCAACUGCCAUUGCUUCCGCAACAUCAACCCUGCUGGAAGUCGUCAAUUUCAACAUAGCCGGGCAGCAGUAUGUGUGUGCUGGUCAUCUGCUCGCCCUGGAGUGUCUAGGCGACGUCUUAGACCAUAUACACAAGGCAAGGCUCUCCUUGGAAGAACUAGUAUCAGACAAUGGGAGGUCCGAUACUGCCGAAUCCCCUCUGCACAGCCUGAUUCAUGCUAUAGCCAACAAGGCUCCAUCAACACAGAGAAUCAAAGCCACAGGAUUGAAUCGGGGGAUUGCCACCAUUCCGUUAGUCGGCCUCGACGUGCCGUUCCACUCCUCCUACCUGAAAUCCGGGGUAUCUUCCUUCAGACGACACCUCUAUGAGAAAAUACCGCAAAGUGCCCUAGAUCUAGAUCGCAUUCUGGGGAAGUACAUUCCUAACUUGACUGCUGCGCCAUUCGAGAUAUCCCGUGCAUACUUUGAAACGGUGUUGCAGCUCACGGGAUCGAAGGUUAUCGGUGACAUAAUUCCAAGGUGGAAUGAGUUCGAAUCCUGGAACCCGGGGCAAGAGAUGCCAGUAAUGCCUACCUGUAUCUACUAA